AUGGCCCUUCCUCCGAUUGUCACGGCGACCCUCCAGUCCGCUGUCCUCAGCGGCACGUCCAACCUACUGGCCCAAGCCCUGACGGCCUACCAAACCGAUAGCCAACUGGUCAUUGACUGGGUUCCCGUUUUCCAGUUUGUCAUCUACACCAUCGUCAGCACACCACCCAAUUUCAUGUGGCAAGGCUUCCUCGAGGAGACCUUCCCGGCCUACCUCGUCUCGCCCACCAAGAAUGCCGUAGCGUCGGCCGCCGCCAAUGACGAAAAGAAGCUGGACCGCGAGGCGCGCGAGAACAAGCUUGUGGAGCCCAAGCUCAACAUCCGCAACACGCUCAUCAAGCUGUUCCUCGACCAGACAGUCGGCGCCGCCCUCAACACGCUCGCCUUCAGCAUGUUCAUGCACAGCAUCCAGACUGCCAUGACCCGCCCGGAGCACCUCGCCGCCGCUCACCACUCGGGGUCGUACCUCUUCUCGCGCGGCGCCAUCGACUACAGCAAGGUCGACUGGCGGGCCGUCGUCCGCAGCAGCCAGCUCGAGUUCGUGUCCAUCUUCCUCGCGGGCCUGAAGCUGUGGCCCGUUGUCAGCUUCGUCAACUUUGCCUUCAUCAAGAGCAUCGAGGGCAGGAACCUGGUCGGUGCCUUGGCCGGCGUUGCUUGGGGUAUUUAUAUGAGCUUGGUUGCGGCCCGUUGA